UAGGACUCGGGAGGGCGGUCCAAGUCCCUUCGGCUCCGAGCUGACCCUCCGGAGGUCGGUGUCGUCUGUGCGGCACUGCGGAGCCCUCCACCCAGGACAGCUCCCCCUCCCCGGGCCUCUCCCCUCUUGCCCACGAGUCCCCUCGCCUCCUAGGCCUCUCGGAUCUGACAUCGUGGGCUGAGGUGAGAGCAGGCCCGGGGAGGGUGAUUACAGCGAAGGAGCCGCAUUCGCGACCAAGAUGAUAGAGGUACUCACCACAACCGACUCCCAGAAACUGCUACACCAGCUGAAUGCACUGUUGGAACAGGAGCUGAAAUGUCAGCCAAAGGUCUGUGGCUUGAGACUAAUUGAAUCUGCACACGAUAAGGGCCUCAGGAUGACUGCAAGACUGAGGGACUUUGAAGUGAAAGAUCUUCUUAGCCUCACUCAGUUCUUUGGCUUCGACACAGAGACAUUUUCUCUAGCUGUGAAUUUACUGGACAGAUUCCUGUCCAAAAUGAAGGUACAGCCCAAGCACCUUGGGUGUGUUGGACUGAGCUGCUUCUACCUGGCUGUCAAAUCCGUAGAGGAGGAAAGGAAUGUCCCCUUGGCCAGUGACUUGAUCCGAAUAAGCCAGUACAGGUUCACGGUCUCAGACCUCAUGAGAAUGGAAAAGAUUGUGUUGGAGAAGGUGUGCUGGAAAGUCAAAGCUACUACUGCCUUUCAGUUUCUGCAGCUGUAUUAUUCACUCAUUCAAGAGAACUUACCAUACGAAAGGAGAAACAGCCUUAAUUUUGAAAGAUUAGAAGCUCAACUUAAGGCUUGCCACUGUAGGAUUAUGUUUUCUAAAGCAAAGCCUUCUGUGUUGGCAUUGUCUAUCAUCGCUCUGGAGAUCCAAGCACAGAAGUGUGCAGAGUUAACAGAAGACGUAGAAUGUCUUCAGAAACAUUCCAAGAUAAAUGGCAGAGACCUGACAUUCUGGCAAGAGCUUGUAUCCAAGUGUUUAACUGAAUAUUCAUCAGACAAGUGCUCCAAACCAAACGUUCAGAAGUUAAAAUGGAUUGUUUCUGGGCGAACUGCACGGCAGCUGAGGCAUAGUUACUACAGAAUAAGCCACCUUCCAACGAUUCCUGAAACGGUUCCUUAAUAGGAUUAUAACAGCAACACAAGGUCUUCUAUGAAGCCGUUCUCCGUGAUCCUGAAAUAUACAGUGGAUUUAAGCUGUGCAUCCUCAAACAUCACAAGUAGAUUAGCAUCGGUGUUCUCAGAUUUGGGAAAACUGCCUAAUUAACAUUAUGCUAUAGUGGAGUCUGGCUUAAAUUUGAAGUAACUCUGAGGCAUACAAACAAUGCCAAGAACAUAAUGUGAAAUGUGAAUGACAAGUCUGGUAAACUGUGAAUCUUCAUGCCUAACAUUGAUCCAACUUUCUAUAUUAGGUCAGACUAUUUCAGGGGUAUUAAAAAUGGGAACCUACUACAUGAUUUAAAUUUUGAAUAGUGAGGUUUACAUCAAAACCAACAUUUCACAAAUGCACUUUUAAGAUUAAUAAGGGUCACUAUUUUAACCAGUGAAAAUGGUUUCUUAGCACCCAUAACAAAAGUAGUAAGAUUAUCUAGAGAUGUGCACUUCAUUGCUACGUGGGACUUGACAUUUAAAUUUAAGGGCAUUUUAUAUAAAGAAAAAAUAUACAUUGAGCAAUUUUGGCAUGUCAAUUUAUCUUUAAAGUUUUUCCUAGAAAACAGGUGAUGUUUGUGUCCAUGAAAACAAUUUUUAUACAAAAUCUGCUUCAAUGUGAUCCAAAUGAGAAAAUUAGUUUUAUUGUAUUAGUGACUCAAAUUAAUAUCACUCUGAAAACUUGCUGAUUUAACACUCCAGAAGUUUUUACUAAGGACUGUUAUAAAACUGCCAUUGUUUCUCAUUUAGAAUUUUCUUCAAGAAGGGAAUGUACCUUCACUGAUUUCCCCACUGUGCAAACAGUCUUAAGUAACUACACAUCUUCGUGGUCACGAAGUCGCUGAGGUGUUCAGGAUUUUCUAGUCAGUCGGUGCAUAGAAGGUGACAGAUGUGCUGUGUCAAGUGUCGUGAGUGGUUACUCAGGGUGGUGUGUAGCCUGAGUCCAUCCAGGAUGACUACCCAAUUUUGACAUCAUGUUAUGGAUAAAUAAAUACGUACUGGAAAAUAAACCAAAGAGCCACAGUAUACUUUGUAAACACUGUUUUGUGGAUAACCUCAGUUUUCCCAAAAGGCUGAUACAUUUCAAUAUUUUGAUCACAUCUGUGCUAAUUUUGAGUUGGCAGAGGGAACCUAACCAACUACCAUUAUGUUUUGGUACUAAAGGAUAUACAUUUUAAUAAAGUAAUUGAAUUGCA